AUGGCGGCUGAGACAGGAAUAGCACCAUUCCGCGGCUUCAUCCAUGAGCGCGCAGCACAGUACGCUUCCGGACGAAGACUCGCUCCAGCGUAUCUCUACUACGGGUGUCAACGUCCCGAUCGCGAUGACUUGUACCGCGAGGAAUUGGAUUUGUGGGAGAAGCUGGGACUGUUGCAGUGCACAGGGCAUACAGUCAAGCGUCGGAGCUCAGCAAUGGCUACAAACACAUCCACGAUGUCGUCCGAGCAGAGAAGGACUUGCUCGUGA